AUGAAUACGAAGAAUACGAUUUCCAAAACGACGACGACGAGGAGAAGAAAGAAAAGGCGUUUAAGGACAUCCUCGUCGUCCUCCGAUGAAAAACGAGAAGUUAACGAAGAAGAGAAAAGGAUGAUGAGAAAACAAGAUUCAGGAGGGAGAAGAGAAACGCUGAUAAACCUCGCGUUCCUUUCCGUUUCGUUACCUUUAUGGAAGGACGUAUUCCACGAUUUGGGGUUUUACAGCGGCCCAGACGACGCGUUCGCGGACGUGCCCUCGGUGAAUAAUCUUAACGGAACGGACGAAGAUGUCGCAAUAUUCGCCGGGGGAUGCUUUUGGUGCAUGGAGGAAACGUUCGAGAAACCGGAGAAAUCUGGCUUCGUGCUCGCGACGACGAGCGGGUACGCCGGCGGAUCCGUCGCCAACCCGAAAUAUUUACAAGUGUGUAAAGGCACAACGGGGCACAAGGAAGUCGUGCGCGUGUUGUACGAUAGGAGUAAGAUUAGUUAUAAAGAGCUCUUGUUCUUGUAUUUUCGACAGAUUGAUCCGACGAGAGAUGAUGGGAUGUUUUUAGACGGCGGCGAACAAUACGCUUCCGCGAUAUACGUGAACUCGGACGAGCAGAAGAAAGAAGCGCUGGAGGCGAUUGAGAGGAUGGAAACAUUGAACGUGUUUAGAACGGAAGAAAACGCGAAGGAACGUAACGCGAUUAUUAAAACGAAAGUCGUGGACUUGCGCGAAUUACCUCCAGAGGGGCAGUUUUUCCCGGCGGAAAUUUACCACCAGGAUUACUUCGAGAAGAAUAAAGCGCGGUAUUCCGUCUAUCGAUUCAUGUCCGGAAGAGAUCCGUAUACGCAAAACACGUGGCAAAAUAAAGCCGACGUAAAAUUUGGCGGCAAAGAAAAGGCGUUCGAGGCGAUUUUUAAGUAA